CGAAACGAACGGCCACACUGCGCUAGACCGAUGAUGUGGAUUUAAAAGUUAAAUAGUUUAAACUUAGUUAUAGCAAAUAGCUAUGGACAUCACCCAGAGCUUCAAGGCCAGUGUAAUGACGGUGCGCCUGCAGCGCAAGGCCGAGUUGGCCGGCAAGGCGAAACCGGCCACAGCGCCCACAAAAACUGGACCAACUGGCCCAAAGGAUGACUUCGCCAAGCAGGCGAAGGAGGUGUGCAACAAGAUCACUUCGCUGCGCAAUGUGCUGAUCGAGAACCGCACCGCCUACAUGCGCAUUGGCCAGCACCUGAAGUCCGCCGCGCACAUGACCGACGCCCAGCGGGAUCUGAUUGAUCGCGAGUCGGAGAAGUUUGUCACUUUCUACACGCAGCACCUGGCCAAGAUGCGCAGCGAUUGGAAGAGCGCCAAGCGGAAGCCGCAGGAGCGUCAGCACAUCGAUGCCGUGCUGGACCUGCUGGUCAGCUAUUUGCACAGCGUGGAACAGAUCUAUCUGGAUCAAAAGAAGUACCGGGUGCAGCACGAAUUGGAGACGUAUAAGCUGCUCAAGUUGGCGGCGGACAAAAAGAAGAUACCAGUACGUCCGGCGGGCAGCAACAGUGGCAAGCUGGGUAGGCGCCAGGUCAGCAACGAUGACAGCGAUGCCACGCAGUCUUCUCCACAAGCAAAUGGCAAUCACGAUGAAUCCGCCGACAACGAUUGGGCUAACGACGGCUGGGGCGACUGGGAUGAGGACGAGGAAGGCGUCGAGGUGGAUGAUCACGAUGGCCAGGAGGAGAAGGAAGCCAACCAGGCCAAUCAACACAAACCACGUACGCGCAAACGAAGCAAGCCCAACAGAUCGGCUCUGAACGACUCAUCCGCCAAGGUGGCUCUGGAUGAGGAGCUCCAGAAGCAGCAGGAGGCCGACGAUGACGAUCCCCUAAGCGCCGAGGAUGUGCAGCUCUUCGAGGCGGAGAACGUGCACAUCUACAACUUUCUGCAGGGCGUCUCCGAGGAGGUGGAGCAGAUUGGAAAGAACGUGGUGGACAUUGCCCAACUGCAGGACAUUUUCACCGAAAAGGUCGCCAUGCAACAGCACAAUAUCGACAGGAUAGUUAGUGCCGUCGUGGGUACCACGGAAAACGUCAAGGACGCCAACGAGCAAAUCCGCCAAGCCACUCAGCGAAAUGCAGGGCUACGCGUGUGGUCGCUGUUCUUCCUGCUGGUCAUGUCGUUCUCCCUGCUCUUCUUGGACUGGUACUACGAUUAAGUGAAGGCCCCAAACUUUAUGUGUAACACCUUUAAGGAUUGAGAAAUGCAAACAUGUUUUGUUAUCGUUUGAUCGCACUAAAAGCAUAAUUUGUUUAUUACAUAAUUUAUAAAUAAAAGGAAAAUAUUUGUAUAGGUUA